UAUUUAAACAGUUUUUGAGCGGGUGCCUGGAAAACAAGAGGCAGUCCUGUCGAAUAGAGGAAAAAGUAACUUCAAUUUAGCAUCUAAUGUUACAAACAAAAUAGAAGGAAGGAUCAUAACUUUGGAGCAUCGGGUCUUUGUUUUUGCAGUGCUAUUGUUCGAAAAGGUCGAAAGAGGGGCGCCACCAUGAGUUCCUUGCCAGAGGCUACGCGCUCCCUCAUGCAGGUUUUUAAUGGGAAGCUGCAGGAUUUUACCAAUGAGAUUGAUACUGUCCACAUGGUGUGGCUGGAGGAGAUCCAGCAGGAAGCGCAUCGCAUGUUUUCAAGUGACUUCAGCACAGAGCCGGAGCUCAUGCCGAAGACUCCAUCGCAGAAAAAGACAAACCGCAGGAGACGAGUGUCGACAGAGCUCAAUGAGUCUCGCAGCAAAAGACGGUUUUCCCAGGGGAAACGCAGCAACUUGCGUCGCUCCUCGGUCCAGAUGACCCUUAACACCAUCUCUGAGCUUGUUGCGCCACACAUCCCGAACGACAGCUCAGAGAGCCUCGUGGAGGGACCAGCUCGCCGCACACGUCGCAACAAAACCGCCGCUCCGGCGGAAACCGAGCCCGUCAAGCGCAGCACCCGUAAUAAAGGUGGCACCGUGACCAAAGAGGUGGCAGAGAGCGUUCCAGAACCCGUUGAGGUGCAGGAUCAGAUCCUGGUGUCUGAAGCCGUGGUGAAGAUUCCCUCCUCGGAGCGUCUGAGCGCGGAUUUGAUGCUGGACGCUGGUUUGUCUCCAGGCCGAUCCGCCAACAAAAUCCCCAUCGCUGGGGACCGACCUCGGGGCUCGUCCCGGACGUCGGCUCGCCGCUCGCAGGUUGUGCGGCGCUCUCUGGUGGGACUCAGGCAUAGCAUGACCCAGGAAGCUGUUCGUAGGGCGUCCCGGCGCUCUUUCCUGAAGAAGAAAGCCAGACUGGGCAACUCGACCUGCAGCAGCUCCGUCAGCGAAGACAUUUGUAUGGACAUUGAACCAGAGGACAUCGAGAACAAAGAAGAACAGGUUGAUGCACCACAAAAGACGGCCGACCCGCCCACUGAAACCAACCCUGAACCUGAAAUCGUCCAAAUUGAGGAGCCUGAACCUGAGAAGACUGAAGAAAAGGAAACUGAGUUAAAAGAAGACAAACUACCAGAAGCGAUUUCUGAAUCUCCCAGCAGCGUUGAGAACAGUCGCAUCACACGAUCCAUGGCUCGUACUUCAGACUCGGAUGAGAGUAGCAGGUCAAAGUCCAGAGGAGAUGUCCGGCCUAUGCGUUCAGGCUCCAAGCGUCAGGCAGCUGAGUCAAGAAUUCGGGAAAUCAACACACCCAAGAAGAAGCCGUCUCCUCCGAAGAAAUGCCUCACGAGUAUCGCUCCACACAUGCGCUCGUUCGUGCACACGGUGCAGAAGAACCAGAUGCUGAUGAUGACGCCGGGAUCUCUGGGCCGCAACAGCGUCAUGAAGUCCUUCAUCAAACAAUCUGCCACCAAAACCGAUGUCAAGUUGGUCUCGGUCUCUGUGGAGCGAGAACGACAGAAGUGGGACGCCUUGAACAAGAAGAUCGAGCAAGAGAAUGAACGAAAGCUGAAGAUUGAGGAGGAGAGACGAAAGAAACAGGAAGAAAUGAAAAGAAAGCGGGAUGAGCGUUUGAAACGGGUUGUUGAGGCUCGAGUGAAAGGUGAAAAGGAGAAGGAGCAGGAAAAGAAAAAGAAGAUUGAAGAAAAGCUGGCACUGCUGGAGAAGAAAAAUGAUCUGAUGCGAGUUGAGCGAAUAGCAGAGGAGAAAGCCAAGAGGAAGGUGGCCACUAAACGACAGGAAGAACUGGAGCUGCGCAAGAAACAGGAAGAGGCAGCCAGACUAAAGAAAGUUCAGCAAGCUGAGGAAGAGGAGCGGCGACACCAGGAAAUGCUGGCUAAACGCAAGGCUGAAGAGGAGCGAGAGAAGGCCCGCAAACUGGCCGAGGCCACACGCGCGCUGGAACUGAAGAAGGAACAAGAGCGGGAGAAAGAGAAGGAGCGGGAAAGGGAAAGGGAACGUGAAAGACAGGCUGCUGCUGAGAAAGAAAGACUAGAGCGAGAGAAGGCCAUCGCUCUUCAGAAGGAACUGGAGAGAGCCGCCAGAGAGAAGGAGAGGAGAGAGAUGGAGGAGAAGAGGAAGAUGGAGGAGCAGAGGAGGGCCGAACAGGAGAGGGAAGCCCAACAGAAACGAGACGCUGCACUCGCCGCCUCGGCGUCCCAUGCUGCCACAGCUCAGGUCUCAAAAACACAAGCAUCUAAAAUGCUCAACUCCACCAUAACCAAAGGUUCAGCUCUGAACAUGACUGUAGAUAUUGAGACCUCGGUCAUGAAGACUCCAGUCGGGAAAGGAGCCGCUCAAAAUGAGACCGUCGAUCUCGGAGCUGGACUCAACGUGACCGUUGACAUUGAGCAAUCUCCACAGUCCUACCAGAUCACGCCUAAGGGCCAGAAGGUGACCGUUUUAGUGAAUCCCGACGAUUACGGCAUGGACCAGAACAGCGAUGACUCGACAGACGAUGAAUCUGCACCCAGAAAACCCAUCCCGUCCUGGGCUGAGGGUAUGCAGUUGCAGCAGGCUAUAAUGAAGCACUAUUACAACCCACUGGAUCUGCACUCAUAUUUUGGAAAGCCUGAACCACCCAAGCUGGAGGAGAUCUUCAGGCGGACCAAACCUCGCUUCUUCAAACGCACUAGCUCCGCUGUCUGGCAUUCUCCACCACGUCUGGGAAAUUUGGGAAAUUGAUAACCAAAUGUACUUUUUUUUUUUUUCCUACUUUUAGUCUGUCGUCUUUUUUAUGUUGUUGCCUUUUGUACUUUAAGCUCACUUUAAUAAAGCCUUUUUAAAAAUCUAUAUGUAAGUAGAUUAGGCUGGGGGGAAAAGAGUCGAAUGUGUAAUUUAGAUGAGACAAAAGAUGGAGUUUGAUGACUGGAUGGACUGUCUCUGUUUAAGUGGUUACAUCAUCACCCAUGUAUUUAAAUGGCGUCACGUGUAAUAAUAUUCGGAAGUGUACACAGGAGCUGCUACAAAUGGGAUGGGAAAGUAGAUGUAGAUGAUAUGGGGGUGAUGUUGUCCCACAAAAUAAGUGUUCAAUGUACUCUGGACUGUCAAUAAAAGUGUAAUUUCUAAAUGUU